AAACACACACUCAUCGGGGCGUCCCUGCUGAAACCACGUUAGCUGUACUCAUCUUUCUCUCUCUUACCGUCCCUUUCACACACACGCCUAGCCUCACAAUUACACACACACCCACACACACAGCUGCCAACAUGUGCCUUUCAGCAGCUUUCCUCCUGCUGACUCUGUGCGGUCCUUCUUUUGGUCAGUAUCUGUCCAGGUUCAACAUGGCGGGAGUCACUGGUUUGGUCUGGUUUGACUCCAUACAACAGACAGCCAACGUAAACCUCAAUGGCACAGGGAUAGAAACUUGUGGUUCCUUUAAUCUGACGCUCACAGAGUUUCCAGUAAUGUAUGGUCAUGUAGCCCAGCCCUGUCUGAAAGCGCACAUAGGAAAGCGUGUGUUCACAUUGUCCGUUAACAAUUCCAUUUCUGUGGUUAACAUUUCCCAAAUGCUCCAGCUAAUUCCAAAUCUGGAAGCACGCUCUUUAUUGGUAGAAUCAUGUAAUGGCAUUAACGCUUGUGCAGGUGUCAUAGCAGAGUCAACGGUCACCACUUGGCAGGCCCGGUUCUUUAGUGUCGUGGCUGGAAAUAUCUACCUCCGGCAAAUAUCAGGGCAGCCGAGCGGCACACUUCUUUCUAACUUGGUCAGUCUGAAUCAGAAUAACUCCUCUUUUGAUAAUGUGAGUGUUUUUCUAUCUCAGAGCUCUGCUGCUAGCUGUGAAGCAUUUCUGGGGAGCCUGAACCCAAACAGUUUGAUAAAGUUGGGCCAGCUGAUGGUAGGCAAUCCUCUUGAACCUGUCAAAUCCCGAUUAGAGCUCUCAUCUCUCAAUGAUGGAGCUCGCUUUGCCGUCUUCAAACUCAGCUCAGAGUAUACGUGUGCUGAGAUCCGACUCUUAAAACCGAAGCACAUCAGUGCCCUGCUAGACAUGCGAGGGGUGAAAGGUUCCAUCAACUUUUACCAGCCAUCUCCCUUUGACCUUACAACUCUUUCUCUGAACCUUACCAACCUGAACAGAAGGGUUGGACCAUACCAUGUUCAUCUGUUUCCCACCCCACAAAUGAGGUCACUCCCUGAGAGCACCUGCAGCAAUGAUAAUGUUGGGGGCCACUGGAAUCCUUUUGAUGUGGACACUCGGCCAUCUGUGUACCCCCCGCCCCCUGGCUCAACCCAUGACCGGUACGAAAUUGGUGACCUCAGUUCCAGACACGGAUUGUUAAGUAAUGCAAACGACAUCCAGGCAAGCUUCACCGACUGGAAUCUUCCACUCUUUGGACAGAACAGCAUCGUCGGCCGUUCUGUGGUUUUGCACCAGCCUGAUGGGGCAAGGUUUAUCUGCUCAAGCAUUGGCUAUCCUGGGGAAGUGACCACAGCCAAGGCUAUGUUCCAGAACCCAGUGGUGGGGACUAUCUUGUUCACCCAGUUAAAAGAAAACCCUUACUCGGAUGUCUCAGUGUUCCUGGACUUGUCUUAUGGAAGACCAAAUACUAAUGCAACUCAGAAACACCACUGGCAUAUUCAUAAAUACCCAAUAAGCACAGAGACAGACAUUGAUGAGGGUUGCUGUUGGUCCACUGGUGGACACUGGAACCCCUACAACAUCAGCACCAGCAUAAGUAGCUAUAACGUAAACUGUGGACCGGAAUGUCCUUUUGCUUGUGAGAUCGGAGACCUAUCCAGCAAACACAUGAUGCUUAAUUUAUCUGCAAAUGUAGGGACACUACCUAGCAAGAACUUUUUCACAGACACUACAGCAUGGGUGUCUGGACUGAGCAGCAUGAUUGGACGAUCUGUAGUGAUCCAUGGCCCCGAUGAGGCUGGCCGUCGCAUUGCCUGUGCUAACAUCACACUCCUGCGAUUCCCCUCAGCCGGGACUGGAUCCUGGUACGGGUCAGGGACAUCCGGGGGAAUUGUCCACUUCUUUCAGCUCUCUCUCCAUGGUCCGACAAACAUCCAUGUCUCUCUGACUAAUUUGGAGUCCAAAGCUGUUGGAUACCAUGUCCAUCUGCUCCCAGUAACGAGUGGACCAGAGGCCUGCUCUGACGAGAAUGUCAUGGGCCACUUUAACCCAUACGGCAUAAAUAUCUCGAUGUCUCCAUCACCAGGGAACGGCACAGUGGAUCAGUAUGAGAUUGGAGAUAUCAGCGGGAAGUUUGGGAGUCUAACUGAUCAGAACCUAUUCGAGAACUAUUACAAGGACAGUAACAUGCCACUGAGUGGACCCAACAGUAUCGUAGGACGGUCAAUUGUUAUCCACUACAGGAACGGAUCAAGAAUGCAGUGUGCUGACAUCACAGCUAUGAACUCCUCCGAUGGGCAAUGGAUCAUCGCCAAGGCCAUAUUCAACAGCACUGUGAAAGGCAAAGUAAUCUUGACACAACAAUGUUUUCCUGAUGGCAGCUUCAGUGAUGUGACCCUGCUUGUGGACCUCAGAGAGUCUAACAAUGCUAACGUCACAAAGGCUUCCUGGUACAUUACUGAAAGUCCUGUUUAUGGACUGGUGUCUGGGUGUCCAGGAAAUGGAGUGAUUUAUAACCCUUUCAACAUGUCAGCUCAGAGCACUAACUGUUCCCCACUUACCUACUUGGCCUGCGAGGUUGGAGAUCUGACCAGCAAACACGGAUCUGUCAGUUUCACACAAAGGCAACUCUUCACUGAUGCACAUCUUCAGCUGGCUGGAGAUUACACAGUCAUAUACAGAUCGUUAGUCCUGAGGGAAGGAAACAAGACCAUCGAUUGUGCGGACAUCGUCCCUGUGUCACCGUCCGCACGGCAGAUAUUCCCAAGCGUGACAACAUUCAGCAGAUAUGAUUUCCGGAAAAGAGUGGCGGACGUUCUGGCGAUCUCGAUUUCUCGGGUGUCCAUCUUACCCGGCUCCUUCUCAACCGUAGCAAGAGGGAGGUGCCAGCAAGUCACGUUUCUCGUGUCAGGUGACAUGAGUCUGCAGAAGCUGUCUGCUGUGAAGGACAGCGAGAUGAUGGGAAUGUACAGGCAGACUGAAUGGUGUACAAAAAGUGGCGUUGCAGGUUUUCUCACCUCACAAGGUGGAAUCUUUCAAGUCUUCUCCCUGUCCGUGGUUUACCUCCUGCACUCUCUGAUUGUGUGCUGGACGUUACAGUGACUUCACGGCAGUGCUGAAUUUCCUUCUAGAGAUCUUCUGCAGCUGCACAAAGCCUGCUUAACUAUAACAUUUAGUGUGAAUAAACUGUCUUGAGGUGGAAGAGCUCAAAUCACUCAAUCAACUGCUGUAAAAUAAUACUUCAAUCAAAAAAGGUUAUUUUUAAUUAUUCUUUGUUUUGCUGUUACUAUUUGAACAAUACUUAGAAUUUCAAUCAUACGUUUUUUUAUAUUGUUUGCUGAUUUUCUGCCGCAUGAUUCAUGCCUCUCUAGUUGGUGAUAUGUGUAUGAGUUAACGUUUGUGUACUUUUAGUACUCAUUGUAUAUGUCACAUUCCCCAAAUCCUAAAGGUCCUACUAUAAGCUUUGUUGCACUAAUCUGUGAUUUGAAUGAAAUGACUGUGUACUGAAUGAAGUAGAAUCUGAUUUUAA